GUUGGGAGGGGCCCUCGGAUAACUCUGGUGGCUCACUCUGUCCCUUUGGAGUUGACCUAUGAAUGCGUUGGAGGGAAAAAUCAUCACACAGUCUCCUUUUAACUGUUUAAAUUACAGGGAGAAGCAGCUUUAAGAAAAAUUGAAUGGCGGAAAGAUCUUCCUAACUAAUUUGUUUAACUGGAGUUGUCAUUAGAGUAAAAAAGACUGUUCAUAUUUCCAUGGAAUUCCACCUCCAGAACUCUCCAGCAAGAAAGAUCGAACCAAAAUGACAAAUUCUCAAUUUGACUGUCAAUACUGCACAGUGUCACUUCUUGGGAAGAAGUUUAUGCUCAAGGACGGCAAUCCAUACUGCCUUUCAUGUUAUGAUCGUGUCUUUUGUAACUAUUGUGAGGAGUGCAAACAAGCAAUUGAAUCAGAUUCCAAGGAUCUUUGUUACAAAGGCCGGCACUGGCACGAAAGAUGCUUCAACUGUGCCAAGUGCAAUCACUCUUUGGUGGAAAAGCCUUUUGCUGCCAAGGAUGAGCGCCUGCUGUGCUCAGAGUGCUAUUCUAACGAGUGCUCCUCCAAGUGCUUCCACUGCAAGAAGACCAUCAUGCCUGGUUCCCGCAAAAUGGAAUUUAAGGGAAACUACUGGCAUGAAACCUGCUUUGUGUGUGAGCAUUGCCGACAGCCAAUAGGAACUAAACCUUUGAUCUCCAAAGACAGUGGCAAUUACUGCGUGCGGUGUUUUGAGAAGGAGUUUGCCCACUACUGCAGCUUUUGUAAGAAGGUGAUAACUUCAGGUGGGAUAACAUUUCGUGACCAGCCAUGGCACAAAGAGUGUUUUCUGUGUAGUGGCUGUAGGAAAGAGCUCUGUGAAGAAGAGUUCAUGUCCAGAGAUGGUUAUCCAUUCUGCCUUGACUGCUAUGACCACCUUUAUGCCAAAAAGUGUGCAGCCUGCACCAAACCCAUUACUGGUCUCAAGGGUGCCAAGUUCAUCUGCUUUCAAGACCGCCAGUGGCACAGCGAGUGCUUUAACUGCGGGAGGUGCUCAGUGUCCUUGGUGGGGGAAGGCUUCCUGACCCAGAACAAGGAGAUCUUCUGCCGCAAAUGUGGCUCUGGAGUGGAGACUGACAUCUAGAAGGAGAUGGUCCUUCCCUACCUAAAAUCCACCUUGCUUUUGUUCUCACUAAACCCAGAAGUUGGUUGAAGUCAUAUUUCUGGCUUAAGUUUUAAAAAAUUAUUAAUGUAGAGUUCAUAACAGAAGGGUUUGGCAAACGUCCUGAUUGAACUGUAUUAUAAGAGCACAAAAAAGCACAGUUUAACAGGAAGGAAUAUAUACUAUUUCACAAAGGCACCUAUCCUUGCAAAACACUGCACUCUGCUGUUGGAAACAUAAGAAAUUAUCUCUUUAUUGUAAUCAGGUAUAUGACCUAUACAAAGAAGUCAUGGAUAUUAUUACUGAAGACAUGUUCUUCAAAGGUGCAGAGUAAAAACGAAAUUAAGAGAUCAAAUUAAAAGGCACCAGUUUGCAUUCCUACCAAGCCAGUUUUACAUAAUGUGAUGUGAACAGUAGGGCCACAGGGAUCAGGGAAAACUGAUAAACAAUCAUCACAUAUAAGAAUUCUGUCAUUUUAUCUUUCUUUUAUUACUCACACAUACGGACUUGGAACACCAAAACUGCAAUUGCCCUCAUCCGCACUGCUUCCAAACACUGGUUGGUUCCCGCGUUUAAUCAAUGGAAUCUGAGGAUUGUAGGUGCUGUGGCUCUCAUAUAUUACACAGAUACAGUGGGUCCUCCCUAUCUAGGGAUUGUCAAAACACAGGUUUCAACACGUUUUGUGUUAAAUGCGCUUUCAAAGCCCACAUGAUUUUUCUAAAGACUUACUUUCUUUCAUGAAAGAAAAUGUCUCUUCUUUCAAAUGAGCUAACCAGAAUAAUCAUUGUCCCCAAAGGCAAACCUUUAAAGUAAAUAGAUCAUUAAAUCAUCACUUGUGGAAAUGAGUUUUAGGGAAGGGAUUGAGUGUUGGAACACGACUUUCAUCCAGAUAUCUAAAGGCAUAAUAGAAUGCAUAAUUAGCUCUGAGCCUCAUGCAUUCUGACUUCUAAAAUUACAUUGAUGAUUAAUGGAAGACCAUAAAAGUGGGCUUUAAAGACAGCUAGUAAUAAUAAGAACCGAAAAAGAAUAAUUCACAGCUGGUGAUUCAGGACCCAGAAAGCAGCAGUGUAGAGCCACAUGGGCUAUAAGCGAGCCCUCCCACCUUCCCUCCACGCCUACACUGCGCUCCCCACCCAUGCUGACCAUGCCCUGGAGGUGCACUCGCAACCCAAAGCAGCCAUUCUACAAAUAAGUCCAUUGUAUUGGUCAUAAGGGAAGUAGUAGCCUUAGUGAAAAGUCUAACUGUCCCUGGACAAUAUUUUUCACAUCAGGUGGGACAAAUGGAAAGCCACCUCUGCUCCCUUUUUCAGUCCACUUGAGUGGGGUAGAGGGAGAUCAGGAGAAGAAGCUCUCGAAGACAUAACAAUUUUAUGUAUCUGCUCUCAGAUUAUAAUAUAACAUUAAACUUUCUGAUUGAAAUCUAAUUAUAUGUUGUGGCCAAUUACCAUGAUUAAAAUAGCAUCACAGGGGAUCCAAUUAAAAUUGUUAUGGAAACACAAUUUUUGGAAUAGUUUAAAAUGCAAGGACAUUUGGAGAUGCUAACAAUUUAGAGAUACUAAUAAAAGGUCAGGCUACAUAUGUUAUUUGAAAAUAGUAAUUGUCUUUCUUUUUUUUUUUUUUUGUAUUAACAAUGCCAAGAUCUUUUUUUCACAUUCACUUUAUAAAAUGUAGGGACAACUAUCAAUUUUUUCCUGAUUUGUUUGAAAUUUCACAUAACAAGGAACAAAAUAUGCCAAUUUUUCAAUAACCUAGAAAACAAUAAAUCAUUACAUAUUUAGAAAGCCAAGGCAUUCUUCUAAGACUGGAUAGAUUCACAACAUGUAACAUUAACUCAGUUAACCAAUUACAUAUAAACAUACAAAAUGUAAUGUUUUCUUAAUUAAACAAUUGGUAUUAUUGGGGCAUUUUGCUGCAUGUAGGGGGUGGGAUCAGGCUUGAGUGGUAGUGGUGCUGAGGCGAGGGGAGGGGCGGCCAGGCUUUGGAAAUGUGAGAAUGUCAGAUAAACAUCCUUCCCCACAGCUUAUAAAAAGUGUCACAGACCUUCUACUAUAAUUGAUUUCAGGUCAGUCAAGGAAAAAGUUCACUAAAGGACCCAUUUAAAGAUGGAACUGACAGCCUCGAGAAGCAGGGAGCUCCCAUGGAUUCAAAGAGCAGCAUCUGCACAGGCAGGAAGCAGAAGCAAGUCCUGUGCUAAAAACAGCUUGAUGGCCAGGGCACAACAGAGAACUGCCCCAAACUGCCCCAAAGAGAAAGGGUCAGAUGACAGGAGAAUGUUAACUCUCCUUUAAGUUUUAUAAAGGUUUAUAUUUGACAUAAAGUGCAAUAGAAAGUUAUCAACUAUUCUUAAGUAGAGGAGAAAAAACAAUGCAACAGAGUCUGAGAAAGAUCCUGCUAAAGAUUCUGUGAGGCCUAGAACCGAAGAGGGCGAGGUCCAAAGGCUAGGCCUCCUCAUGCCUGUGGCUAGUGGCAAUGAAAAGAGAAAGUUAAGUAUCAAUAAGUAAUAAUAAGAGCUAUAUCCGGAAGACAACAAACCAAAAUAUUUCAUGAUGUCACAUGAUUAGAAAUGACAAAAAUGCAGAAAAGAAUUCCUGCUUCCAUGCUAACAGGCAGGGCGCCUAAGGGCUCGGUGUGCACUCUACCAAUGGACCGCAGAACAACCCAGGCCCACUGGUUAAAGGAGGUGUGACAAUGCUACUGUCAAGAGUCCAAAACUUACAUACUCAAUAUAACUAUACAAAGAAAGCCUUCUGUUGUAUGCUGUACCACAAAUGAAAAAUCAACCCAAAAGUAUGUCUGAUGUUAGUGACACCAUUUUUUAAUUUUAGUAACAUGUACUUUUUAAUCUACCUGGCAUAUUAAUAAUUAUAUUUAAAAUAAAAAAUGAUUGUUAUAGUAUGUUUUAGAUACAUUUAAUUGA